GCUUCCUGAAAACCAACGUGUGUAAAGAAAAGUCACAUGUGCGCUCGUGUAGGUAGCACGAGAGUUGCAAGUGCUUUAAUAACUUUAUAAAUUAUUAUAGACAUUUUAGGGGUGUUCUAGAAAACUACAGCGAAGAUUUGUGUUAUCUUUCUAGGUUUAAAGUAUGGGCAGGAAAUUGGACCCCACCAAUAAGGUGAAAAGAGGACCUGGACGAAAAUCCAGGAAACAGAAGGGAGCAGAGACUGAGCUUGCCAAUUUUUUGGUUGAUGAUAAUGAACCAAAAAAAUUGUCAAGCAGAGCAAGAAAACGAGCUGUAAAGAGAGCUCAAGUGACAAAGGAACCCAAACAAGCGGAAAAGCCCAAAAAAGGAUUCUCAGAUGAGAACAGUCAGUGGCUGAAGCCUGCGGAGAGAAAACGAAAGAUUGAACAAUCUGAUGAAGAUGAGGACAGUGACAGCAACUGGGAGGAAGAUGAUGAGGAGGAGGAGCAGGCCCCUUGUAAAAAAGAAAUGGAGGAGGAUGAUGAUGAUGAUGACGAAGAUUUGGUUGAUGAUUAUGGUGCUGACGAAGAGGAUAAACAAGACAGUGAUGAAGAAGAGCUUCUGCCUAUUGAGAAAGCCGCAAGAAAACAGAAACAGUCAAUGAAAGCAGACAUUGAUGAAGAUGAUGACAGUGACGAAGAGGAGGAGAUGAGUGAUGAUGAAGCAGAGGAAAAGAGUGCUGCGGAAGUCGAGGAGGAGGAUGAGGAGGAAGAUACCGUGCAGGCAAAUUUGGAUGAAAUGGACAAAUUCACACUCCCUAGUACUGCAGAGCGACAGAAAGAGGGUCUUUUACCUAUGGACCUGCAGACCAUUCAUCAGAGAAUCAAAGAUAAUGUGGACGUGUUGUCUCACUUUACUGAAAAGCGAGAGGAGGGCAAAGAGAGAUCAGAGUAUCUCUCCCUCCUGCGUUCUGAUCUCUGUACAUAUUACAGCUACAACGAGUUCCUUAUUGGAAAACUCACGGAUCUGUUCCCUCUCUCUGAGCUCAUUGAUUUUCUCGAAGCCAAUGAAAUUCACAGGCCGGUCACCAUCAGAACGAACACACUGAAGACCAGGAGAAGAGACCUGGCUCAGGCUCUUAUUAAUAGAGGAGUGAACUUGGAUCCAAUAGGGAAAUGGUCUAAAGUGGGGCUGGUUAUCUAUGACUCUUCUGUUCCCAUAGGAGCAACUCCCGAAUAUUUAGCAGGCCACUAUAUGCUGCAAGGAGCAUCAUCGUUUCUGCCUGUAAUGGCUCUGUCUCCUCAGGAGGGGGAGCUGGUGUUGGAUAUGAGCUGUGCUCCAGGAGGAAAAACCACAUAUAUGGCUCAGUUAAUGAGAAACACAGGCACGAUCGUGGCCAAUGAUGCGAAUGCGGACAGACUGAAGAGUGUUGUGGGAAACAUGCAUCGUCUUGGUGUUACCAACAGUGUCAUCUGUAAUUAUGAUGGCAGACAGUUUCCUAAGGUGAUGGGAGGUUUUGACAGAGUAUUACUGGAUGCUCCUUGCUCCGGUACAGGAGUCAUCGCCAAAGAUCCAGCUGUGAAGACCAGCAAGGAUGAGUCUGAUAUUCUCCGCUCGGCUCACCUGCAGAAGGAGCUCAUCCUGUCAGCCAUUGACUCUGUCAACGCUGACUCAGCUACAGGUGGAUACCUCAUCUACUGCACCUGCUCUAUUAUGGUGGAAGAGAACGAGUGGGUGGUGGAUUAUGCUCUGAAGAAGAGAAAUGUUAAGCUGGUACCCACAGGAUUGGAUUUCGGGAAGGAGGGAUUCACCAGAUUUAAAGAGCGACGGUUUCAUCCCUCCCUAAAACUGACACGCCGAUUCUACCCUCACUCCCAUAACAUGGAUGGGUUUUUUGUAGCAAAGUUCAAGAAAAUCUCAAAUCGCAUCCCUACUGCCCCAAAAGAAAGUGAGAAUGAAGUUGAAUCUACGAUAAAGGAGACUGGAGCGUCACCAAAACAGAAAUCCAAGGAGCCAAGUCCAGGAAAGACCACCAUGGGCAUGAAGAAGAAAUUUAAACAGGAUAAACCUGAGGCAGCACCCGCCAUCAAGAAAAAGAUGGGAGGAAAACCUGAGGGCCCUAAAAAAGCCAAAAUACCCAAGUUAGAUGCAGAGGCUUUAAAAAAGGGUAAAAAAUUCAACAAAAAGCAGAAGGUCAAUGGCGAUGCCGAGGAGGAGGUAACGGGGGAGAAGAAAAACCAAAGGAAAAAGAAGAACUUUCUGAAGAAGAACAGAACGGGAAAAAACAAGUUUAGGAAGUUAAAAAGUUGAUAAAUCAGCAAGAAAGUGGACAGUGAAAUUCAGUCAUGUUUUUCAAUGAAAUGUGUAGGCACAGAACUGGCAUGUCUGUCAAUGAUUUCAUGUCGGAUGCAAAGAUCUGAUUGGACAGCUGUUGAGGACCUCGUGUAUAGACUUUUGUCUACUUUGUCUUGGCCUGGAGGUUUAUCUUACCUUUGUGGUUAUAAAUUUUAUAAAAUAAUAGUUCAUUGUUAAUUUUUAUGUACUUUGUUUCAAAAAGUAACAUUUAACCGAUAUGAUGCAGUGAAAUGUAAGCUUGAGUCAAAAUGUAUUUGAUGUUUUCUCUCGCACAGAUUAAAAAGAAAGUUUAAAAACA